AUGACAUUCAUACAUUUUUGCCAAUUUUCCGAUUUCUUGUGCUUCCAGUGUGGAGCAACAACCAAGCCUGCAAAAGUUGUAACCCAACAGUGGCAUUUGGUCCUUUACGCCGUAGCUGGAAUACUUCUAGUUUUACUGGUAACGACGUUUGCCGUGCUUCUCUUACGUAGAUGCAAACCUCAUGUGUAUGAGACGCCACUACAGACAAGAAGAGCUGCAGUUAGAGAGCAAAGUAUACGCGUGUAUGAUGAUGUUCAGUCUGAUGUUGAGACAACUGCCCUUCACAAUCUAGGAGGAGUGUCUGCAAGUGUAGUCGAGAACAACCAUGCACCAUUGAAUAUGGAAGAAAACGAAGUCCAUUUAUAUGAAAAUAUUCGCCACUAAGACUAAGAUGUGGACACCACGUCCGACCACAGAGACUAUCGGACAAACGCACCGAUGCAAAUAAUCUUCACGCUAUAUAAAGCUUUUUGAGUAUCCGAUCAAAACAUUUACUCUGUAGUCAGAUUUCUGUGUUUUGAAAAUCUCAUAAUCAUAGCUACGCUUACAGUUUUAGUGUGUUAGUUGUUAGAACGUGUAUAUCUUUAUUGUUCUUAAUUGUUGUAUUAUAUAGCUCAUACAGUGUUGCAGAUAUAAACAUGUAUAUGUGAACCAAACUGCUACUUGCAAUACAUGUCUUAAAAGUUAUGUCUAAAUACUCUAUGUUGAGUUAUUACAGACAGAGCCUCUCAAAUACCGGUUUCAUUCGUUAGA